AUGAGAGCCGCGCUGGCGUUGUUUGCGUUGCUCCUACCGCGCGCGGGCGCUGGGCCGCGGGAGUCGGGCACCUGCCCGGCCGAGGGCUGCGACGAGGCGGAGGAGGCUGGCCUGGUGCAGCACCGGGCCCGCGGCCGUGCGCGCGGGGCUGCGCGAGGCGCCGCGGCGCUCCCCGCCGCCGGGGCGGCGGAGGGCGAGUUCGACGUGGUGGUCGUGGGUGCGGGGCUGUCGGGCUCCGCCGUCCUCGGGAGGCUGGCGGAGUUGCUGCCUGCCGACUUCCGGAUUCUCGCCCUGGAGGCCGGCAGGGCCUCGCACUUCGCCCUGGGCGGCAGGGCGGCCCCGGGCAGCGCGGGGGCCGACGGCCAGUGGCAGGAGUGGGCGCCGCGCCUCGAGAACGUGACCCGGUACGACGUGCCCGGCAACUACCCGGUGCUGGGAGGCCAGAGCGAGGAUCACUGGCAGGACGUGCCGGGCACCGCGUGCAAGGUCCUGGGCGGUUGCGGGGUCAUGAACGGGGCCCUCAUGCAGGUGCCGACGCCCGGCUGCUUCGCCGCCUGGCCCCCCGGCUGGCAGUGGGAAGAUGUGGAGCCCUCCUUCGCGGCCGUAUUUCGAAGAAGGGACUCUUCCACGUGA